AUGGCCCCUCAUCCCGACCGUGUCGCCAGCAUCAUGCUGUCGUGGUACUCGCUCGACCUUGUCUCGUGCACCACCCUACAGACUCUGUGGGCUGGGUACGGACACAUCUGCGCCAUCACUGCGCGGGCGACCACCGAUGCAGCUGCGGAACAGCUUAGUGCGCUUUGCAGAGUGGAAUCAGGAGCCGCUGGGUCUACCUACCCCCUCAUCCUGAAACUCAUCUCACCCCCCAAGAAACGCGGUGGGAAUGAAGAUGAGGGUCAUCUGCGGAAGAUGCUGAGUUAUGAAGUUGAGCAGUACUUUUACAAUGAUGUCGUUCCGCUGCUGGGUGACGAUAUCGCUGUUGCCAAAUGCCUUGCCUCGACGCGAGACAUGGACGGCGAGGACGGUGAGGAGGAACUCAGAGGCCUGAUGGCUACUGUCAUGGUUGAUCUGCGUCCGAAGUUUCCAGUCGCAGGUGAAAAGAGGAGUGUGUUGAACCGCACACAAGUGCAUGCGGCGCUGGACUGGCUGGCCGGUUUCCAUAGCCGCUCGUGGGGACUGCUGCCGGAUAGUUUUGACGACUAUGUUUUGCCGCCGCUUGAAGAGUGCAAGAAAAGGCAGAGCACGGGCAAAGAUGUUGGGAACGGGUUGUGGCUCAACGGAGGGUACACGUACCUUGCGACACGACGGAAAGAGUACGCUUCUCUAGUUGAAGAUACCUACUCGGAGUGGUCAAAAGCCUUGUGCAAGCCGUCAGAAGGGUCAUCGCUCUCUGUUGCCGAGAUGGUGGCAUUGUUCUUGACUCCCUGUGGACGGCCAAUGGAGUCGUACAUUCACGGCGACGUCAAGUCCGAGAAUCUCUUCACGACAAGUAAUGGAGACAAGGUGGCCUUCUUCGACUUUCAGUAUGUCGGGCUAGGUCUAGGAGUUUGUGACCUUGCAAAACUCUUUACAUGCUCAGUCCCUCUGGAUCUGCUUACCGAUGCCGAUGAGCCUUUGCCCGAGCAGCUGGCAAUGUGCGAUGGUGAGAGACAAUUGCUAGAACGGUACCGCAUGAAUCUCCUCCAAGAUGAUAAAUCAGAUCUAUAUGAGUGGGACACAUUCAAACGACACUGGGAGGCUGCUUUAGUUGACUGGUGUCGAUUCCAGGCCUCCUGGGGGUUCUGGGGAAACACCGAGUGGCUCGAAGCUCGUGUAAGGUCGAUACUCAGUGACCAGGAGUGGAGAGACUGGCUGUAUCAGAAUAUUAGCAGUCGGGAGAAUUGAUCUUCGAUACGUAUUCUGGACCAAUAGGAAGUGUUAAUGAAUGCUUGGCCAGCAAAUCAUGUCAAGAUAAGAUCUUAGGAUAGAUGACAAGACGCAUGAAUAGCAAUGGACGCAUUAGACUUUGCAAAGC